GUCAAAUUGCAAUGUGCAUGUAUGAGACAAGGUGUACUGGCGAUUGCAGUAUUCAGCACCUAUGAGCCAAUCUAUGCUGUAAAAGCAUGCAAGAAGACAAAGAAAGAACAUUGUGAGGAGUUGGUGAGGAUGCUGUCGACGCGAUGUGAGCACCAGAAAUCUUGAAAAGGCGCCAAGAUGGCUCAAUCCCAGAAUAGUUAGCUCCUUGACCGGCAUGUGUCACGUGUGUCACGUGAGUUCACUCGGACCUGGAACGCAGCCUCAAGUCGUCGAUCGCGCGGCUGGCAGCGACUGGCUUGAAUCGCAUUCACCUCCGUUUCCCUCAUGGUAUCUCACAAACAUUCAGACUUCGCCCUCGCGUAGCACGUCUUCUCCCAAUAUCCCCCCACCUCUGUGACAAUGGCCUCCCGAAAGACACAACAAGAGAUCGAUAAGACCUUCAAGAAGGUUGACGAAGGCAUUCAGGCUUUCGAAGGCAUUUACGAGAAGAUAUAUUCUUCCACCAAUGCAGCGCAAAAAGACAAGUUGGAAGACAACUUGAAGAAAGAGAUCAAGAAAUUACAGAGAUCGCGCGAUCAGAUCAAGACGUGGGCAGCCGGCAAUGAGAUCAAAGACAAGUCCGCUCUGUUAGAACAACGGAAACGCAUAGAAAAAUGUAUGGAAAUCUUCAAAGCUGUCGAAAAAGAGAUGAAGACCAAAGCCUUCUCGAAGGAAGGACUAUCGCAGAACACAAAGUUAGAUCCAAAGGAGAAAGAGCGGGAAGAGCUGUGCGACUUCUUGUCGGACCAACUCGAGGAGAUCAACAGAAUCCUCACCGAGGAACUGGAACCAGAAGCUGGCACUCUUCAAGCAGCGCUCAAGAAGAAGCAGAAAGACAAUUCGAAAGCCGACCGGUUAGCAGAGAUCGAGACCAUGACCGAGACAUACAAAUGGCAUGAGUCCAGGAUACAACUCUUACUACGGUCGCUUCAGAAUGGCAAUGUCGGGAAUGAUGUGGUAGCUGCCAUCAAGUCUGACGUAGAAGAGGUCGUGAGGGAAGGCCGUGAGCCCGACUUUGAGGCAGAAGCCUAUGAAGGAAUCUACGACGACUGCAAUCUGGAUAGCGAAGAAGCGCAGUUUGGCCUGGCGAACGAGGUGGACCGAAUAUCUUCUCAAGAUACACAGUCUAUACAAGAGGACAAUGAGCCCGAACCAGUCGCUCCAAAGAAGACAAAAGCUGAUCACCCACCUGCCAGGCGCCCGUCAACACAGCUCAAGUCACCACUGCCAGCCCUUGCAACGCUCAACACAAUGCCACCUCCGCCUCCAGUGCCCAAGGAUAAUACUAUGAAACCAGCACCGCUACCCAAUCGCCCUCCCGGAGAGACCUUGAAGUAUGCCUCGGCAGCUGCCGCAGCCGCAGCCAGCGACAAGAGCGGAGUUGGCAUUGCACCACUUCCUCCUCCGAUUGGGACCAGUCCUGCGCCUGCAUCCCAUCCUCUACCAGCACCACUGAGGACGUCGCCCACCACGUCUCCAGCAUCUGUCCCUGCUCAGCCUGUAGAAAAGACGGCAUCCCCAGCACCCGUCGCAGCAAGCAUGGAUGGCUCGACCUCGCAUGAACAGUCCAAUCACUCCAAGUCACCCACACUCAGUUCCACCAGUGCCCCAGCCGCAAGCGUACCGAACAGUAUACCGCCGACUCCAGCAAUGGACAAGUCUGAGGCUGUGCUAGAACCCGUAAUUGCAGACGAGUUACCUACGACGAACGGUGAAAGCCAUGGAGACACAGUAGAAUCAAUCUACCAUCUGCCGCCAGGCCUGCAAGAUUUGUUGGAUUCUUUCGAGACGACCAAGAGUCGAGCGGCGCAGCCUCCUUCACAGCUGGCUAGAUUGCUGCAGGCUUCACAGGAAACCUGUCCAGAACCAUCGGACAGCGAUAGGCCGCAACAUUAUCGACCCACAUUCAAGUACAAUACCCCUGCACACUAUCCUCAGGAUGUACUCCCCAUCUUCGACGACCCGGCUCUCUACGACAAUCAAAGAUUAGAGACAGACACUCUAUUCUACAUUUUCUACUAUCGCCAAAAUACGUAUCAACAAUGGCUGGCGGCACGAGCGCUAAAACAGCAAAGUUGGCGGUUCCACAAACAAUACCAGACGUGGUUUCAACGACACGAAGAGCCAAAGCAAAUCACGGAAGAGUACGAGCAAGGAACAUACCGUUUCUUUGACUAUGAGAGUACAUGGAUGAACCGUCGGAAGGCUGAUUUCAAGUUCGUGUACAAGUUUCUCGAAGAUGAUCUGUAGGGUAGCUACCUAAGCACAAACCUCGCAAGCUGUUCGGUUGCUUGCAGACAUGGCUUUUCCAGAGAUGGCAAAGGUCAUGUAUGUACUCUCGAGAGUUCAACAGAGAUUCAUUCUCAGCCUCA